AUGACGAUGUCGGUGUGGAUGAGGUUGGUGGGUUGGGGUUUAACGGUUGUGCCAAGACUGGUGCGCUGCAGGAACAGAGCGGGUGCCGGUCUUGGCAGAGCUUGGUCGCCUGGUGGCUCUGGAUUGCGUUUGGGGCGGGUCGCGUGGUCGCAAACGGACUCGCAGAGGAGAAGGAAAAGGUCGAAUUUCGAAUUCAAAAUGACGGAUUCGUGA